UCGACAAUUUCAAACAAAAACUUAGCAAUCCAACCAAGUUUCAUCUAUCAAAUCAAAUAUCCUCCGUUAAUCAGAGAGAGCUAGCUAGCUAAUUAGAAAUCAACCCAUGUCACAUUUUCAUAUUAAAAAACAUACCACCCUGUGACAUCUUCCCUGUAGUUGUGAACAAAAGACAUGAAAAGGGCUUGGUGGGUUGUAAUUACACUCAUGUUUGCCUUGUUUGGUUUUGCAUUUUCGUUAACCAGAGCUCAAGAUAAUGGCGAUGGAGGAGAUCAACAACCAGCUGCACCAACCCCAGCACAACAAGAUUGUGAUGGGAUUUACAUGAGCUAUGACUUCGAAUCUCGGCGCAAAAUCUACCCUUUCCUCAAGAAUGCAGAGAAGCAGGCAUGGGCCUUCAAAUCCACCGCACACAUAGUCAACACAGGCACAUACGAGCUCAAGGCCUGGAAGAUUUAUGUCGGGUUUCAACACAAGGAGAUUCUAGUUGGUGCAACUGGUGCUGUUUUGAUGAACGGUGAUGAUUUCCCGGCUGAUGUUGGGAAUGGGACUUACCUCUCUGGAUCAGGACAGACAGAUUUGAAAACCUCCAUUAGCACUGCAGGAGAUUACACCCAAAUUCAAGCCAAAAUUCAAUUCAGUGGCACCAUGUUUGGUGUCAAGCCAUCUGGGGUCCCCAUGCCUAAAACAAUACGGCUUGUUAACGAUGGAUAUAAGUGCCCCUCACCGACCAAUCGCAAGGGGUCUUUGUAUGUAUGUUGUGUUAGGAACCCAAAGUUCAAGGCCAAUGUAACAAAAACCAAGUUCUUGCCUCGGCAGAAGGGUGAUCUCACAAUAGCAUAUGAUGUUAUUCAAGCCUACGAAAAUAAUUACCUUGCUCAGGUGACAAUGGAGAACUGCAGCCCUUUGGGACGUUUGGACCAUUGGAACUUGACCUGGGAAUGGAUGAGAGGGGAAUUCAUAUACAACAUGAAAGGCGCUUAUCCGCGUACGAUUGAUUAUUUGAAUUGUAUAUAUGGUGAUGCUGGAAAAUACUAUCAACAGAUGGAUUUUUCCAAGGUCUUGAACUGUGAAAAGAAACCGGUCAUCGGAGACCUACCUAGAGAGAAAGCAAACGAUACUCAAGUUGGGAAGAUACCCAACUGCUGCAGAAAUGGUAGCAUUUUGCCUCCUAUAAUGGACCAAAGCAAGACCAAGUCUGCUUUCCAAAUGCAGGUGUUCAAAUUACCUCCUGAUUUGAAUCGAACGGCUCUGUAUCCACCCGAAAGAUUUAAAGUGGAUGGGGUGCUCAAUCCAGAAUACAAAUGUGGGCAACCUAUAAGGGUAGAUCCUGCUCAAUUUCCAGACCCAAGUGGUCUUCAGGCUACAAGCUUAGCCAUUGCAAGCUGGCAAAUAGUUUGCAACAUAACAAGGGCCAAAACCAGGAAGCCAAAGUGUUGUGUUUCAUUCUCUGCUUAUUACAAUGAGUCUGUGAUCCCCUGCAACACAUGUGCCUGUGGUUGCAGUGACACAAAAAAUUGCAACCCAAAAGCCCAUGCCCUUCUUCUCCCUCCAGAAACACUUCUUGUUCCCUUUGAAAAUAGGACAAAGAAGGCCAUUGCUUGGGCAAGCAUAAAGCACCAUCAUGUGCCCAAGCCACUGCCUUGUGGUGACCAUUGUUCAGUUAGUGUAAAUUGGCAUCUCUUAUCAGAUUACAAGGAUGGCUGGACAGCUAGAAUCACAUUAUUCAAUUGGGACAAAACCAACUUUGAAGAUUGGUUUACUGCCGUGCAGCUCAAGAAAGCUACCGCUGGUUAUGAAAAGGCGUACUCUUUCAAUGGGACCAAAAUUCCCAAGCUGGACAACAUCAUCUUCCUCCAAGGCUUGAAGGGCUUGAAUUUUUUAGUGGCUCAGAAAAAUGGAACGAAGCCAGGAAAAGAUCCCAAGGUACCUGGAAAGCAACAAUCUGUGAUUUCCUUUAAAAAGAAGCAUACACCAGACAUAGAAGUAGCUGAAGGAGAUGGGUUUCCUACAAGGGUGUUUUUCAAUGGAGAAGAAUGUUCUCUUCCUACUCAACUUCCACUAUCACACGGAAACUGUCUUCAUGUAAGUUUUGUAGUGGCAAUUUUCCUUUCACUUCUGAGUUUUGUUAUGUAAUUAAUUAAUCUUAGGCUAAAACAUAUUGUUCUUCAUUUAUGCCCUAGGACACAAAUUA